AAAAAAGUUUUUGAAAUCCUGCGCAUUGAAAUAUCCAGCAGUAAGCAGUAUUGUGUUGAGUGAGGGCUUUUAGUACAUAAAAGCUUUUGUAAAAUAUUAGCAAUUAAAUCUAAAGUUUAGCAUCGGUUCCACAGUAUUUUCGCGGGAUCUUAGCGUGUUGGGUUAAAAAAUAUCUUUCCUAACAUUGAGUGCAGUAGUCUUCGUGUUCGUGAGUAAUUUCUUUCUGUGCAUCCACUCGUUUUUUUUUUCAAAUUCAAUUCAAAACCGUUGCUGCGUUGUUUGUUAUUCGAUUUAACUAAGUGUUAAUUCUAACAAACCCAUUCUAGAUCAAGUGCAGUUUCUAAUUAGUUUAAUUAUGACCUAAAGUCCUUCUUCAUGCAUGCACGCCUAUAAUAUAACAUCAUGUAUAUUUGAUGAAAUAAAUAAAAAAAAUUUAAAGUUGUUUGUGAUUUUUAAAAAUUAUUUUCAUAAAUAGAAAAAAAAAAUAAAUAAAUAAGUGCAUCACCUUAACUCAUUUUGUAACAAAAUAGAUUAAAAAAGUGUCUAAAUGAUCUAUCACCAAUAUAAUAAUUAUUAUCACGUUCUUUGAAUCAAGAAGCCGGGGGUGCAAUUAUAAACUACAAAUGCAAUGUGAAUACAUUCCGAUCCAAAGAAAAUAUGUACCUCAACAGCAAUCUAUUCUAUGCUUAAAUAAAUGAAUGUGAGCAAUAAGCUCAAUAAAAAAAAACCUAACUAUGGAUGCAUUCUUCACAGGCACAAGUCCAAGGAGUCCAUCCGGCAAUCCAACAACAAAUCAUAAAAUCGAAUCUCCAUUCUAUUACAAUGCUCUUGAUUAUUUAAAUUAUUCAAAGAGCAUUGAAAGAAAUAACUCUGCUUUCGUGAAUGAUGUUACCUAUCAUUCGUUAAAUUCAAAAAAUCACACAGUCUACGAAGACGAUCGAGAAAUACAACAUUUCGGGAAUUAUUCUUGUGAUAGCAUCGACGACGAUGACAGCGAUGACCUGGCAGGCUGGUCCAGUGGCUAUUUCAAGUCCUGUGUAUAUCUCCUUUACAUAUCGAUAUUUAUAUUUGCACUCCUAGGCAAUGGAACUGUUUGCUACAUUGUGCAAUCCACGCCCCGAAUGCGAACUGUGACGAACUUUUUCAUUGCCAACUUGGCUGUUGGUGACAUUCUAAUGUCAAUGUUUUGUGUACCGUUUUCAUUUGUGUCGAUAUUGAUUUUAAAUUACUGGCCAUUUGGAAUUGUCCUUUGUCAUUUGGUGAAUUAUUCGCAAGCUGUUUCUGUGUUAGUGAGUGCGUAUACUCUCGUAGCUAUAAGUAUUGAUCGUUAUAUCGCAAUUAUGUGGCCACUCCGGCCACGGAUAACGAAAAGAUAUGCAAAGUGUAUAAUUGCUGCUGUCUGGCUGAUAGCAUUAAUGACUGCCUUUCCAAUUCCAAUUGUAUCGAAACUAGCUCAACCAGAUAUGUGGCAUGUUCAAUGUGAUCGAUAUAUUUGUCAUGAAGAUUGGCCAUCGAGUGAGCAGAAUUUUUACUACACCAUAGCAUUGUUAACUCUUCAAUUUGUUAUACCAUUGAGUGUAUUAAUUUUCACUUACACAAGAAUAGCGAUAGCAGUUUGGGGUAAACGUCCACCGGGUGAAGCUGAAAAUUCCAGAGAUCAAAGAAUGGCAAGAUCGAAAAGAAAAAUGAUAAAAAUGAUGGUCACGGUAGUGAUAGUUUUCACAAUCUGCUGGCUUCCAUUCAACAUUCUGGUGCUCCUUUUAAAUGAUGAAAGUUUUAUAGAAUGGACUCCUCUACCUUAUUUUUGGUUCGCAUUCCAUUGGCUAGCAAUGUCACACAGCUGUUACAAUCCUAUUAUUUAUUGUUAUAUGAAUGCCAGAUUCAGAGGUGGAUUUUUGCAGAUAAUCUAUAAGGUUCCUGGAUUACGUCGAUGCUGUUGCAUGAGAAGAUACCAACGAGGAUCUGAGAGGAGUUUCGAAGGACAAGGUGAUGAAUACACAUUUCAACUACAACGUGUAAAUACAUGCACUACAUACAUAAGCACGAGAAGAAAAAUUAGAAACAAUUCUAUGCAAGCGAGUCAAUUUUCCUGUGCAGAAACAACUAUCCUAAGAUAGUGGUGGAACAGAAUAUUCAAAAUCAAUCAGACAAAGGAUUACAACAAAUAAAUAUAAAAGUUUCAAUCAAAUACUAAAUAGUUAAACUGUAGCAUAGUGCCACAAUGAAACAAAUUAUUUAUUAGAUAAAAAACCAAUAGAAAUAAUUGUUAGUUUGACAAAAAAAAAAUCAAUGUUAUCGUAAUUGUUAAAUGAACGUUUUUUAAGCUUAAAGCGAAUAGAUAUGUUAUUUUUCUAUUUGUUUCAAGUACGUGUAGAUUUGAUAUGUUUCACCCCAGUUUAAGGAUUAUCCAUUUCUAAAAAACACUUUGUAAAUUGGAUAGAUUUCCAUACAAUACGAUGAGAAGUCAAGUACUUUGAUACGAAAUACACAAAAAUUUCUUAGAAGAAAAAUAUUAUUAAUGUAAUAAAAACAAAAACAAAAUAUUUACAUUUUUAAAAACAAAACAAAAUGAUUUUGCAUAAAGUGUUAUGUAUUUUUCUUGUUUAACAUCAUUAUCGUUACGAUGGGGGAAUUUCCAUAUCAAGGUAAGUGACAGCAAACUCCAUUGUUUCCUAUGUUUUUCACUUCAA